CCAAAAGCCCCAAACCGCGAUCACGUCGGAAAGCGAACAAAAAGUCCGAGGCAGUCCGAGGUCACACUUCCGUGCCCUCAGUGCCCCUGGCUAGAACAACCCCCCAAUUUCAAAGCUUCAGCUAGUCACAGUCUCUUGCCGGAAUAGAACAGCUCAGAGCAAGACUUCCAGAUCACACUCCCACCACUUCCACACCUCCCCUCCCAAAAUGGGCCGCCUCACCAACAAAACCGUCCUUAUCACUGGAGCCUCAGCAGGUAUCGGCUCCGCCUGCGCGCACGAGUUCGCAAAAGAAGGAAGCCGCCUCAUCCUCGCCGCGCGCCGAACCGAAAAGCUCAACUCCCUGCGCGAAGCCCUCACAUCAUCUUACCCCUCCAUCGCGGUGCACGCCCUCGAACUUGACGUGCGCGAUCGCGCAAAGGUGUUUGCAGCCAUCAACGCCCUGCCGAAAGAGUUCAGCGAAGUGGAUGUCCUGGUCAACAACGCCGGACUGGUGAUUGGCCUGGACUCGAUCGAGAAGGUCACCGAGGAGGCGAUUGAUGUCAUGCUGGAUACGAACGUCAAAGGACUGUUGUUUGCGACCCAGGCGGUGUUGCCUGGGAUGAAGAAGAGGGGCAAUGGACACAUCAUCAACGUAUCCAGUAUCUCCGGCCGUGAAGUCUACCCCGGCGGAGGCGUCUACUGUGCCAGCAAGCAUGCCGUGGACGCACUCACACGCACGCUGCGGAUGGAACUGGUGGAUUCGCCCAUCAACGUCACAUCUAUCGACCCGGGAGCCGUUGAGACGGAAUUCUCCAUGAUUAGGUUUGGGGGCGAUAAGGCGAAGGCUGAUGCGGUGUACAAGGGGUUCACGCCGUUGAGUGGGACGGACAUUGCUGAGACGGUCGUAUUCGCCGCCAGCCGCCCACCCCAUGUUCAAAUCGCAUCGAUGCUCGUCCUGCCCUCCGCCCAGGCCGCGGCUACCAUGGUCGCUCGCAAGUAGAUUAGACUAGCAUGUCUUUUUCCUCUCUUUUCCUCUCUUUUGUGCUCUGCUACAUCUUAUCGUAGAGACGGCACAUCCAUCACAUACCCCACCCGUCAUGAUCCUUCUCGCGUAGGAGUAUGUAGCAGUACUGCAGCCAUGUAUAUACGGUCUUUUCCGCGCGGCGCUGUCUCUGGGCCGUUACGGGAUCUCCAAUCACAGCAUCCGCGAUGGUCACUUUUGAGCGGG